CGCGGGCGGGCAGGCAGGCCGGCCCCAUCGAUAAUCUCGGCGCUCUGCUGAGCCUCCCUGGCCGACAAUGAAUGGCUGCUGCUGCUGCUGGUGGUGGUGGUGGUAGCGCUGCUUGGAGGGCUUGGGGAGCAGAGCCCCUCCGUUGAGCGCCGCCCCCUCCCUCCCUCCCUCCCCCCCGGUCUUUGCACAGUGCACCCAUCCAAGUGAGGAGGUGAAGGAGAGGAUGGCUCAGAUUCUCCAGAUGGAGAUCCCCAACUUUGGUAACAGCAUCCUGGAGUGCCUGAAUGAGCAGCGGUUGCAAGGCCUAUACUGUGAUGUCUCUGUCGUGGUGAAAGGCCAUGCUUUCAAGGCACACCGGGCUGUGCUGGCUGCCAGCAGCUGCUACUUCCGGGACCUUUUCAACAACAGCAAGAGCACAGUAGUGGAGCUCCCGGGUGCUGUGCAGCCCCAGUCCUUCCAGCAGAUCCUCAGCUUCUGCUACACUGGUCGUCUCAGCAUGAAUGUGGGCGACCAGUUCCUGCUCAUGUACACAGCAGGAUUCCUGCAGAUCCAGGAGAUCAUGGAGAAGGGGACUGAGUUCUUCCUGAAGGUCAGCUCGCCCAGUUGUGACUCCCAGGGCUUGCACACAGAGGAGACACCAUCCUCGGAGCCACAAAGCCCUGUGGCACAGACAUCCACCUGGCCCUCCGGCAAUACUCCCCUGCCCCUGGUCUCCCGCGUAAAGACAGAGCAGCAGGACUCGGACUCUGUCCAGUGCACAUUUGUGGUUAAGAGGCUCUGGGAAAGCAGCCAGAAAGAAGGGGGAGGUGGCGGCGGCGGUGGUAGUAACGGCAGCCGCAAAAUGGCCAAGAUCUCCUCCCAGCAGGAUUUGAGUGGCAACCGACAGGCCCAGCAGCAGCAGCAGCAACAACAACAACAGGUCCAACAACAGCAGCAACAGGCCCAGCAGCAGCAGCAGGUACAACAGCAACAGGUACAGCAGCAGGGGGCCCUAACAGGAGGAGGUGGAGGGGCAGGCGUGGUCAGUGGCCCCAGCACUUCAGACCAGACCAGCCCAGGCACCUCCAGUGCCUAUACCAGUGACAGCCCCAGUUCUUAUCACAACGAGGAGGAUGAAGAGGAGGAUCCUCCCGAGGAGGGCUCCGACGAGCAGUACCGACAGAUCUGCAAUAUGUACACUAUGUACAGCAUGAUGAAUGUAGGACAAACAGUUUUAGAUGGUUCUGUGUUGUGUUCCACGUCGAAGCCUUCUGGGAAACAGUAUACAGCAGAGAAAGUGGAAGCUCUGCCAGACCAGGUGCAAUCUGAGUCUCGCAACCGGAUACGGGUGCGGCAGGACCUGGCAUCGCUGCCCGCUGAGCUAAUCAACCAGAUUGGGAAUCGAUGCCAUCCCAAAUUGUACGACGAAGGUGAUCCAGCUGAGAAACUGGAACUUGUGAUAGGUACCAAUGUGUACAUUACUCGGGCACAGCUGAUGAAUUGUCAUGUCAGUGCUGGGACAAGGCACAAAGUGCUACUCAGACGGCUAUUAGCAUCCUUCUUUGACCGGAACACCCUCGCUAACAGUUGCGGCACUGGAAUCCGCUCCUCCACCAAUGACCCUAGCCGGAAACCUCUUGACAGUCGGGUGCUGCAUGCUGUGAAGUUUUAUUGCCAGAACUUUGCUCCAAACUUCAAGGAAAGCGAGAUGAACGCUAUUGCUGCUGACAUGUGCACAAACGCGCGGCGCGUCGUCCGUAAGAGCUGGAUCCCCAAACUGAAACUACUGAUGGCGGAGGGCGAUACUUAUACGACCUUCAUCAAUGACACUGGCAAAAUGGAGCCAGACAUCAUGGGAGUGGAGCACAGCUUUGAGACGGGCAGCCACGAUGGCGACGCAGGCACCUCUGCAGAGGGCCUCCAGUAAAACAUGCCCACUUUCUUUGUUUUUCUUUCUUUUUUUUUUCCAAUCAAUGGUUUUUAUUUCCUAAUUUGAUUUUUGUAGGAUUGUUUUCCACCUUUUUCAUUUCAUUUCCUUUUUUUCUGUUGUUGGUUUGUUUUUGUUUUGACAAAGGGGAAAGAAAGUGUUUGUGCGGCCUCCUUUCAAAAGCAAAUGUGCUUACGUGGGCUUUGCUUCCUUCAGCACCACAGGGAGUCGGAGCUCAGAGGGGAGGCCUUGCUGAUGCAUUGGCAGUUCUGGCUGGCAUUCUCACCCUCCCCUCCCCAAUCCCCACUUCCUUCUCUUCUCAUGCUAUACAUUGUUUUUAGAAAUAUAUUUUAGUAGAUUUUUUAAAAAGCAAACAAAUCCAUUUGCAAAAAAGAAAAAAAGAAAAAGAAAAAAAGGCCACGAUCCAGGGAAGUAUGGUUCCAGAAUGCUGCCUCUUCCUUCGUCUAACCUAGUUCUCUCCAGACAGGGCUCUCACUUGGUUUGAUCACCAAGUCUUUCCUCAGGUCUGUAUUAGAGUGGAAAAAUCCUAGUGCCAUGAGAAACUCAGAACAGGGAAGGGAUUGAACCCCAGUGCUGCUGCCACGUCCUCUCCUUCCUUCUUCAGCUCCUCUUCUCUCUCCUCUUGCUUAGCGAUGCUCAGGUCUUGCAGUCCUGCUCCUGCUGCCACUGUCAGUAUCUUUCUACACAUGGACACACAACUGUGCUUUGCAUGCCUCCUGGACCUAUGUACCUUCCCCAUUCUCAGAGCAUGAAAGUAAUAGAAAGUCACCUGUAAAUUAUUAUGAUUGUUGUUGUUGUUGCAAUAACUAAGGCAUACUAAUCAUUACGAUUGUUGAGGGAUAACUCCACUUCUUUUGCAGUGUGACUGUAACAGUGCUUGAAUUACUUUUAUAGUCAUGGAGUGCGUGGUCUCCCUAUUUAGGCAUGGUUUAUCACAAGCCAGCAAUUGUGUAGCAUUUUGCUGCUUUUAUUAAAAAUGACUAAAAGAAACCUUUAAAAUGAGAAAAGGAAGUUCCUGUUCAAAAUCUAAAAAUGGUCAUAAUAGCUAUUUCCUUUUUUUAAUUGCUUUUGGGUUGUUUAGUAAAAUAAUGUUGUGAGUGCCAGCCCUUUAUUUGCCUUGCAGGUUCGGACUGCCUGAUGUGUAAACGUGAUAAUUUGUAGGCCAAAGCAGUGUGACAGGGUGACCAUUUAGUAUUUUGAAUGGCACAGUCCUUGAAGGGAUCAAGAUGGAUCCCUCCCUAAAUAUCGUGGGAGAGGAGCUGCAAGACGACACUCCUCUUUGAACACUGCUAUGGGGCUUCCAGAUUCUUAUAGGGCUAGCUUUUUCACAGGGUCAAGUUUACAAACAGUUCAAUUUUCAGCCAGCCCAUAGUCUUGUAGCAUAUAUGUAGCAUAUAUGCCCAAAGUCUUACAGUUAUGGAGGCUGGCACUGAAAGGCAACUUGAUCUGCCUCCUUGUGCUUUUUCAGCAUGACUGCUAAAUAGUGGUCCUCUGUCCAGACUACACUUUUAGACACUGUUGGAGCAAAUGGCAGUUCUUUCUGCUGCUUCACAAAAAUUGGGAAUCGGUUCUAAAGGAAAGGGCAAAGCCCAGGGAGAAAGCCCGCCUUCCUUAAUCCUGACAGCACCACAACCUCCUCCAUGUGUGGGGAAGUUGAAGGACAGUUGAAGUUUGGGGGAAGCUUGGAGACAAAAA